AUGGUUGGGUUGAAGCUCUUUCAGCUAGAUCGAAAUGCCAGGUCUCGGCCAUCAACCAGUCCUGAAUAUGCGCCAGACGAAUCGUACUUCGGCACUGAAUCUCCUAGAGAACCUCAUUUUGAUCCUGGUCACCUAUACCCAGCUCCUCCAUCACCGGCACUUCCGUCCCCUGUUCUUAAAGCAGGACAAUCAUUAGAUGUCUCUCAUCAUUUUGAGCAGAUUGAAAAACAAUUCGAAGAUCUACACCAGCAUCUGGGCCAGAGGCCGCUUUCUUCCCAAUGUUCUUUGGCGCCCAAUGUACCGGGUCACCGUCCAGUUCAGAGGGCUUCCAAUUGUCGACAUAUCGAUUUGAUGGCUGCUGUAGCAACCCGAGAGCGCUAUCAGCAAGAACCCACCACUCCCUCUCCUAUCUCACCACCUGCCAGCCCAUACAAUGAAGAUGUUGCAGAGCGCAACAUGACAAGAUUUCUUCGGAUACAACACCGAAACGGAUUUGCAAACUCUCGAAUAUUGUCUGCACUAUACCAAGAGGACGUUGCAGACAGGAAUAUUGCCAAAUAUGCGGCCCCAACUCGUUCAUUGUCUGCAUUGAGUUCCCGGUCUUCCCCUCCUGCACCUGGCAGAGUACGCAAAUUGAGCCCGGAUGCACAGAAACGCAAUCCGAGGAAACCCAAUUGGACUUCAGAUGGAGAUCUGCGCAAUCGUUCAUCGCCAGAUGAUGCGGCUUCUAGAGCUUCGGAUUCUAGCAACCAUCUUCGUCUACAAAAGUCUGCGCCAAGUCUGCAUGCCGAGGCUGAUGAUGCUGCAGAUGAAGAGGCCCCGUCUCCAGUUAUUCAACGCCUAGGCGUUCCACCGGCCUACAAACAAGGCAGGCGAUGGAGCAAUACCCCUCUGCCAGACAGUCCAACCUUGCCCCCUCCAUUAAGUGGGGGUAAUGAGGUCGAGAGUGAUAAUGGCAGCAAACCCGAGACGCCCCCACCUGUUCUCCAACCUCCUUCCCCAACCGCUCGCAGUUCUUCACUGGGUCUGAGAAGUAUUUCCCCGCCUCCCUCAUCGGGAUCAUCGUCAAAGAGGAAUGUUCGAGAUCUAUCGAUCAACACUCGUUUGGCUUCCAAGGGCAGGUCGAAGAUAGGGCAUUGCGCUAUCCAGCCUCCCACGCCAUCUAGCAGUGAUAAGAAGCGAGCGCCUAGCAUUGCAGAGGUCAUGAAUAGUCCACUGCCCGUGCAAACGCCAACUUCUGCUGCACCCUCCCCCCGAUUCAAGGUGUCUGAGAUGAUGGACCUUUUUAACAAAGCCUACAUGUCUACUCAUGCCUUGAGUCCUCAUCCAACCUAUGAAUCCCUACAAGAUGCAAUCGUCCGCGAGAUCAAUUCUCACGAUGCUUUCAAGCGCGUGCCUGUUCCUGCUGCCGCUGGACCCCUCUUUACACCUUCAGAUGUGGACUCAUCCGCCAAAUCUGCUCGCCCAGCGUUGAAUCGUAGUGCUUCGGCAGGCCAGUUCUCUAAAAUCAUGAGAAAAGGCUCCUUCAAGAAACACAAGAGAGAUUCCGAAUCCAGUCGCAGUAUCUCCACCAGCGUAUCCUCAAAGGGUUACGACCGCCUUUUCCGCAAGGUCUCUGGCUCGCCCACUCGACGCAGGCACACCGAUGCCCCAGCACCAUCACCGAAUCUUCUAGCCGAUCUCCAACGCUCAAAGGAGAGCACCGUGCCUCAAACCGCAUCUGAAGACCAGCUUACAUACAUGGAUGUUCUUAUGCGGGCUGGCAAGGACCAAUCUGGCACCAAGAUCCACGCCGCCUCUACCCCCAACAUCACGGCUACCCGCUCAUCCACCCCGGUUUCCAGCGCCUACGGGACCGUUUACUGCAUGCAGGCACACUCUACACCGUCCAAGGAUAGCAGAAGCAGCAUGUCUGUCGAGGACAGUGAUGACGACAUCAUCCAUCUUCCUAGUAUCGGCACCUCGCCUCCUCGUGUGCAGAUUGAAGGCGUCGACGAGAAUAACGUCCGCUAUGUGAUCGACGGUGCCACGGCUACCGAUGCCCAGACUCUUAUGAGCUGGCCGCAGCGCCUCCGUCGCGCCCAUCCUCCCCAGUCUUUCUGCGAAAACAGCUUGUCCCCACUGUCCCGUGCGAGGAUGCAACUUCGUGGAGCUCGCUCUGUCGAGACUUACUAG